GGCCUAAAAUGAAAUUGUGCUCCUCCUUGAUGACGUCCGAUUUAUGGGAUGAAGUUGGGUGUAUGGGGAUAUUUCCGGAGCUUGAUGUGGGAUUGGACUGAGGAUCCUUCAUUUCCAUAAACAGCAGCUACAUCACCAUAUCUGACAGCUCAUAUAUACACACCCUUGGGAUGUUUUCUUCCCACUGCCACUACUGCCCUCCUCCUUGGCUUUCCGUCUUGUCAAAGGCUGUGAAGAAAAGAAACCGCCAACAUGAGCCACGAGAAAAAGAUGACUUCGAGCCGCAGGCAUCAUCUAAAGAGCUUGAUGCUGCAGAUUGCGGCUGCCUGGAUUGAACAGGAGAAAAAAGAUCUUGUAGUAGCCAAAGAGGCCUACAUGUCAGAGAACUGUCCUGCCCCCAGUGUCAGCGGAGACCAGGCCACCCUCAUGGAAACCUGCAAAAAGUUGCAUGCCCUCAUUGACAAAAUUGAUGAACAGAGGUACGACCUGGCGUCCAAAGUGGGCAAGGCCGAUAAAGAGAUCGAUGACUUGAAGAUCAAAGUGGUGGAACUGGCUGGAGUGAAGAAGCCCGCUCUGAAGAAGGUGCGCAUGUCUGCUGAUGCCAUGCUCAAAGCUCUGCUGGGAUCCAAACACACCGUCAACAUGGACCUGAGGGCCAACCUGAAGCAGGUCAAGAAGGAGGUCAAAGAGGAGCCUGGAGAGGCAGUGGGAGACUGGCGUAAGAACAUCGAGGACAAGGCUGACAGGAAGAAGAUGUUUGAGACCUCCUAAAGAACUUAACUCUGUCCCUGCAGCUGUGCUGGGCUGUUGCCACUUCACUUUUGGGAGAAUUUUUCACUCAAUUGAAGUCGAAAUCUUUUGUUUCAUUAAACCCGUAAGUCUUAGUCUGCUCUGUUAUUGUACUUUUGUAAAAGGAAUAGCUGAGGAGUUACAGCAGUUGACAAACCAGUUGGAAAAGGAGUGGUUUGACCCACAGCUAUGUUCACUGCAAAAACUCACAAUCUUACCAGGAAUAUUUGUCUUAUUUCUAGUUAAGAUGUCUCAUUUUUUGUAAAAAAAAUUCCCAUUACACUUAAAACAAAAGUCAUCACCAGAUAAAUAACUUAUCAUUUGACAAUUUUCACCUGUUUCAAGUAAAUUUUCACUUGAAAUAAGUAGAAAAAUCUGCCAGUUGGACAAGAUUUAUCUUCUCAUUACAAGCAAAACAAUCUUGUUCCACUGCCAGAUUUUUCUACUUAUUUUAAGUGAAAAUCUACUUGAAACAGGUAAAAAUUGUUGUUUUUUCCAGUGAUGAGUCUUGUUUUAAGUGUAAUGAGAUUUUUUUUUACUAAAAAUGAGACAUUUUAACUAGAAAAACGACAAAUAUUCUUGUUAAGAUUUUGGGUUUUUGCAGUGUUGGAGUGUCCUUGAGAAAGAUGCAGAUGCCAUUGUGUCCUCGCUUGUAAGUUUCUUUAGAGAAAAGCAUCAGCCUAAUGAAUAAAUGUUAGGGUAUAGAUGGGUAAAGAGCCGUUCAUUUCAAAGUUCUCUCCCAUAUCAGAGUUUUGUUUAGCAGCUCAGCUUCCCUUUUCCCCAUAUUGAUGUUCACUUUUGACAUCGUCCAGCUGCCAGUGUUUUUUUUCUAAAUAAAUCUGUUCUGUUUCUA